UUACAACACGCAUGGCUUACGGCGGAAGAAUUCUGUUCCACUUCCCCAUGGAGGUAAGAGGAAAUAAACAAGAACAAGAACUAGAAAGAAAAUAGAAGAAAACCCAAAGGGGUGUGUAUAUAUAUGCUUGUACAUGUAUGUGUAGUGUGACCUAAGUGUAAGUAGAAGUAGCAUAUAUAUAUAAUAUAUAUAUAUAUCCUAGGUAGUAGGUUGGUAGACAGCAACCGCCCAGGGAGGUACUACCGUCCUGCCAAGUGAGUGUAAAACUGAAACCGGUAAUUGUUUUACAUGAUGGUAGGAUUGCUGGUGUCUUUUUUUUCUGUCUCAUACACAUGCAAGAUUUCAGGUACGUCUUGCUACUUCUAUAUAUAAACUAUGGGGAAUCAAAUACAAAAUGGGAGUUGACACAGUUACUUUUUGUUGAUGAUACUGUGCUUUUGGGAGAUUCUAAAGAGAAGAAGCAAAAAUUAGUGAAUGAGUUUGGGAGGGUGUAUAAAGAAAGUUGAAAGUGAACACAGAUAAGAGUAAGGGGAUGAGGGUAUGAAAAGAGUUAGGUAAAGAAGAAUUGGAUAUCACAUUGGAGAGAGGAAGUAUGGAAGAAAUAAAUGUGUUCAGAUAUUGGGGAGUAGAUCUGUCAGCAGAUGGGUUUAUGAAGGAUGAGGUAAACCAUAGAACUGAUGAAGGAAAAAAGGUGAGUGGUGCAUUUGAGGUGUCUGUGAGACAGUGUUAUCCUUGGUGGCAAAGAAGGGAAUGAACGAGAGUAUAGUGGUACUAACAUUCUUAUAUGGGUAUGAAACAUGGGUUAUGGAUGCUGUAGUGAGGAGGAGGCUAGAAGUGGUGGAGAUGUCGUGUCUAAGGACAACGUGUGGUGUAAAUAUUAAGAAGAGAAUUCAUAAUGUGGAAAUUAGGAGGAGGUGUGAGUUACUAAAAGUAUUAUUCUGAGGGCUAAAGAUGGGUUAUUGAGGUGGUUUGGUCAUUUAGAGAGGAUGGGGCAAAACAGGUUGACUUGGAGGGUGUGUAAAUCUGUAUUAGAGGGGAGGAGGGGCAGGGGUCAUCCUAGGAAAGGAUGGAGAAAGAAGGUAAAAGAGCUUUCAUGUGCAAGGGGCAUGGACAUGCAGCAGGCACAUGUGAGCAUGUUAGAGAGGGGUGAAAGGAGACAAAUGGUUUUUUGGACAUGAUGAGCUGAUGGAGUGUGAGCAGGGAAAUAUUUUGUGAAGGGAUUCAGGGAAACUGGUUAGCCGGACUUGAGUCCUGGAGGUAGGAAGUACAAUGCCUGCACUUAAGAGGAGGGGUUUGGGAUACUGGCUGUUUGAAGUAACAUCAAAUCUGUUAUAUCUGGGCACCUCUACAAAGACAGCAAUUAUGUGUGAAUGAUGGUGAAAGUGUUUCUUUUUUUGGGUCACCCUACCUUGGUGGGAGACAGCGAACCUGUUGAGAAAAAAAUAUGUAUAUAUCACUCUAUAUAUAUUUCUCUCUCUCUCACUUAUUCUUAUGUGUGUGUCUCAGUGUACUUCACAGGGUAGUGUAGCUAGACAGACACAGUUGGAGGGUCAGCUGGUAGACUCACCACUUCUGGAUCUGAGGAUUGGUAUUGGUCACAAGACCUGCUGCAACAGGACCAAUGAACUGCCAGAACUGCAAAAAGCAUUCUCCUUAUAUGACAAAGUGAUCCAGAAUAUAGAAACCACAUCAAGGUUGGUCACUCAGGCUUGUUUACACCCCAAGACCAAGAACCGCUGGCAAGACAUAUACAACAAGACUUUUAAAAUUGCUAACCUGCUUGAGGAGUUGCAGAAUUAUUUGCCAGAAGUCGUAGUUGGAUUGAAACUCAAUUACAAAACCUGUCCUUCAGUGGAAACUCGUUUAGUGAGGUUAGAUGUUACCUACGGCGACCGCACUAGAAGUUCAGUUGGCCCAGGACUGUACUUAGAUGUUGAAACACAAACGACCACAGUGAGAGGAUGUUCACAGACCAACCACUUCAGGAAUAUUAUGCCUGCCAUUAAAGGCUAUAAUGGAACACAUGGAGAAUUUUGUGUGGUCCUUAACUCCACUGCCUCGACAACAUUCCCAGUCUCAACACUGAUAUCAACAACAAAACAUAAAACAUCAACCACAGCUUCAUAUUUAACAACUACAGGAAUGCCAGAACACAGAAAAACAACUAAAGUAAAACCAGACACACACAAUGGAACAACUACAGUCAGACCAGAAAAUAGAAAAACUACAUCAAUGUCUAAGUCAAAACCACCUAGAAAAACUACAUCAAUGUCUAAGUCAAAACCACCUAGAAAAACUACAUCAAUGUCUAAGUCAAAACCACCUAGAAAAACUACAUCAAUGUCUAAGUCAAAACCACCUAGAAAAACUACAUCAAUGUCUAAGUCAAAACCACCUAGAAAAACUACAUCAAUGUCUAAGUCAAAACCACCUAGAAAAACUACAUCAAUGUCUAAGUCAAAAACCACCUAGAAAAACUACAUCAAUGUCUAAGUCAAAACCACCUAGAAAAACUACAUCAAUGUCUAAGUCA